AUGACAGCCAAUUCUCCCAUCUAUUCAAUUUUCUCUCGAUGCCGAGUUCAGGGCCUUUUCAUGCGAGAACUGUCUACACUCCCUACGGGGCGCAGAUCCAGAAGGCGCGCUGUCUGUGAAAUUUCACCAUCACAUACACACACCAUUCCCGAAGGAGCCGAAUACGACGAAGGGCUACCCUGCGUAUAUGAGACCGUGGCCGUUGACUGCUACCUGUCCUCUUGUUAUGAUGACCCCGAAUUUCUGAUCUGGAAUGGGCCCAGCAUCCUAUCUCCGCUUACGCACCCCGAGGAUAUCUUUCGUUAUGCCUCUGCCAUGCUGUCCUACUGCGUCGAUUGGUUAGAAAUGCACCUUACGGUCGUCCACAAGUACACGUUCGAAUGGGUCGCCAUCUCGCCAUUCUUCCUUCCGCGCGUGGAGUGCACCCUCGGCAACCUCAGACGGGUUCGCAAUCAAAUCUGGGAAGUAUUCCGUCCGUACAUACGGACCAUCGAUCACGCAGAUUAUCAAUUUCAAAUGUUCGUCUGGCCAAGAGGCGAGCGGGAGCCGAAUAAGACAGGAAGAUUAGGGGUGUUAUCAGGGUCAAACACUAUCGAUCCCGAAAGAAUCCUGGAUCCAGAGCGUUUUGUUGAAAAUAUCUCUUGCGGCUUCUAGUGUGAAGAGCAUACCGAGUUCAUCUGUACCAUGCGAUAAGAGGUUGGAGGGCCGUAUCAAGAUAGCCUGUAUUGUCUUAUGGGC